UUGUCCCUCUUGCCUUUCCGUCGCCACUCACUUUCGCAUUUGAAGUCUUUCAAAGAUGAAAAAUUUCACAAGAUGGCAGAGGCAGCAAUCAGUGGCCUAGGAAAAAGCACAGGGGCCAAGAGCACCUCAGAGAGGGAUGUGCCUCACAUUCGACUGAUCGGCGACGGCGACAUGGAGGACUUCUACAUAUUUGGAAAGAAGUUGGGCCACGGAAGUUACGGGGUGGUGUAUGAAGCCACGCACAUUAGAACGCAGACCCAAUGGGCCAUCAAGACGGUUUGCAAAGCAGAACCGGGGAGUAAUAAAAUCAAGAUGCUGGAGCAAGAAAUUAAAAUACUCAAACAAGUGGAUCACCCACACAUUCUGCGUCUGGAGGAGAUCUACGAAACAGCUCAGAUGACAUAUUUGAUCACUGAGCUGUGCGUUGGAGGUGAAUUGAAGCAGGUGUUAAAGCAGAAACGCUUCUUUCCAGAAGAGGAGGCGAGACACAUCAUCGGAUGCUUAGCAGACGCCAUCACCUACCUUCACAAAAAAAAAAUAAUGCAUCGGGAUUUGAAACUCGAAAAUAUUUUGGUGAAAAAUUCUCUUGAUGACUACAAUGGCAAGCUUGACAUUAAGGUUGCAGACUUUGGUUUAUCAGUGAAGACAUAUGGUGUCGGCAGUGAAAGCAUUCUGUCGGACGUUUGCGGGACUCCAAUCUAUAUGGCUCCUGAAAUGAUGAGCCAACGUGGUUACACACACUGGUGUGAUAUGUGGAGCGUAGGCGUCAUUAUGUAUAUUUUGCUGUGUGGGGAGCCUCCGUUUGUGUCCAAAUCAAAAGAAAACCGACUUAAGGAGAUUAGAACAAUAGGAGUUCAAUUUUCUUCACCCAUCUGGGACACCGUCAGUGAUGCAGCCAAAACGGUAGUGACGUGCCUCCUAAAAGAGAACCCCGCUUACCGCAUGUCAGCUAAUCAGUUACGGGACAACCCGUGGAUUACAGGUGAUACCAGCACGCCUGCAUUGCCUCUCAACGCACUGGAAAUGAUGCACAACUUCCACCGACAGGAGAAAAGUACGCAGGAUUCAGGCUUCCCCGAGGACCCUUCCCAUGUUUCCUGCGAGUAUUUGUCAGCGUCGCCAGAAGUCAAAAGCAACGGCUUGAACCACGACGAGCUCUGCGACUCUUACUGCGCACCGUCCACGUCCAACCAAGCGACUAAAGAUGACAACGACCAACAACAGGACAAAGGCAAAAUCACUUCUGGGGCUCCGGUACAACCCACCACACCACAAACUGGCGUGAAACCGCGCUCACAGCCUCUGAUCCCGCUCAAGUCCCAGCGCAAGACCUCGGUGAAGAAAGCGGCACCAGUCCCCCAUCAAAACGGACAGAGAUCUCCUCCGCCUCCUCUCAAAGUAUGACUGACUGUAAGAGACUGUGAAAACAGGACUAAAGGCGCAGCUGCGCCUGGUGGGACAAAAAAGAAACUUAAAAAAAAAACAUAGAUUUAGUGUUUCCUCUAUUUAAUGAUAAAUGGUUUAAGCAGGGAAGUGGAAAAAAUAGUGCAAUAUGAUAGGAAUGAGUAGGGAUAAACUGGUGGUGGCCGUGCCAAAAAACAGUACUGUGCUCUUAUUGGCCACUUUGUUGGGGUACACCUAUACAAAUUCUCCGUUCUGAGAGCUAUUUAACAAUGUACUGUACAAUGCAGAUGACACAUCUGUCUCAUACUGAGAGCUGUUUCUAAUGUUUUGGUCACAAAAUAAAUACAUUACAGGUGUACCUGUUGCCACACUUGAUAUCUACUAUGUGAAUCCAGAAUGUCUACUCUCCCAUCCUAUUUUUGCCAAAGGGCCUUGUCGGUCUGUGCGGGACAGAGCAGAAUCGACUACGCAAAUGUUGACUUUUCCACCACCAGCCGUUGCCAGGCUGCCCAAACAAUACAGACACUCUUUUAGGUAUUCAAAUACACUUUGCACAUACAGAAAUUAUACAACAACUGUCAGUGGUGGCGUCUAAAAAUACACCUCUAAGUGCGCAAUCUAACUCUUUUACUUGCCAUUGACGGUGAUAGACGUCCAAUUCAUUUCAACAUUGAGGGUUGCCAGUGACUGAUCCCAAAGUUGACAAGACUUCAUAUUCUUUGGAUUAAGUACAGUAGAUGAUAUACCGUGAAAAAACACAUAUCGAUGAAGCUCCCACACUUUUCCAGUUCAUCACUCUAGGAAACGCCCCCAAAUUACAUAAAUCUUAAUGAAAUAAAAAUGUGUCAAGUGAAGUAAAAACAUUUUAAGAGGCUUAUUAUUAAAAAUUGUAUUAUUUUGCUUUAUAACAGGGUUUUUGCAAGUUUUAACCACUGAAUUUUAACACCCACUUAGAACCAAAUUUAAUGCCAAUUCUGGGCCAAAUUUCACAAUCAAGCAAUGAAUCAGGGUUGUAAAUCACCAAUCUAAUGACGAUACAAUAUAGAUUCUUUGGACAACGAUAGAAUAUUUGCCAAUAAUACAGUGCCUGCUGUGGUUCCACUAAUGGCCUUUGAUCGAUCUAAUACGAUGACAUUUUUGACAAAUUUGCUGCCAGUAAAUUUCAUACAGUGCCUUGCAAAAGUAUUCGGCCCCCUUGAA